ACGAGCAGGUUGUGUUGUGUCGCGUCGUUGCGCUAUAAUCAGUACCAUCCGUCGAUCUAUCCCGUUGGUUUCACUUGUUCGUUACUGGCAGUGGACGGAAAGCAUUCGUGUCAGCUGGAAUUUGUUGAUGUUGUCCAGUUUUUCGUUAAGUCGGUGAAAUUACUGCGUGGCUCGCGGGUCGAUACGCACGAUCGAAUACGCGUGUAGUGUUGGACAGUGUUGCUUUGGAUUGUUGAUAACAGCGGAUACCAUAAGCUGACUAUUUGUAGGAGUCUAUUACAACCUACAAUUGUAUUUGUGCACAAUUGUUUCGUAAAACGAAAGAGAGUUAGCAGUUAUCAGUGUCCAAGUGCAGAGAAGGCUUGGAGUGUUUGUUGUUUGUAUAGUAGUGAGGGAAAUUAAUCAAAAGUUCGACAAGAUGUCCGUCUCUUGGGGAUAUACACAAACGAAUGGACCGCAGAAAUGGCCGGAAAUGUUCCCGCAGGCUCGCGGACAACGCCAGUCACCGGUCGAUAUCGUUACCACCAAAACCCAAAACUCGGGUGAUCUGCAGGAGAAUCCGCUACGCUGGACGUACGUGCCAGAGAACACGCGCAGCCUGGUCAAUCCUGGAUACUGCUGGCGGGUGGAUGUGAACGGCAAGGGUUCAUUGCUGACCGGAGGACCGCUCAACAAGGAGCAGUUCAUACUGGAACAAUUCCACUGUCACUGGGGGUGUUCGGACUCGCGCGGAUCGGAGCAUACGGUUGAUGGAGAAUCGUUUGCCGGUGAGCUGCACCUGGUCCAUUGGAACCAGAGCAAGUACAAGAGCUUCGCAGAGGCCGCUGGCCAUCCCGAUGGGUUGGCGGUGCUGGGCGUGUUUUUGAAGGUUGGCAAGCCGCACCCGGAGCUGGAUAUCAUCGCUCGUUUGCUUCCGUUCAUCACUCACAAGGGCGAUCGCGUUACACUAAACAAGCCACUUGAUCCGGCACGUUUGCUACCGGAGGGCAAAGCUUACUGGACCUACUUGGGAUCUCUGACCACACCUCCGUGCUCGGAAUCGGUCACCUGGAUUCUGUUCAAGGAACCGAUCGAAGUUUCGCACGAACAGCUGGAGCUGUUCCGCGAAAUGCGCUGCUACGAUGCUGCCGAAGAGUGUCCAUGCGAUGAAACGCUUAACAAGCAGUUCGAAUACGGCAAGGUGAUUAAUAAUUUCCGUCCACCGCUGGAGCUUGGCAACCGUCAGCUGCGUGAAGUUGAUAGCUAUUAAAACAAUAUUUGGCCAAAUGCGAAUGUUUCAAAUUAUCACAAACACAGUUAUAUAAAUCAGAAGAAAUAUUCAGAAGCAGCAGCAUAAAUGUGUAAAUGAUUCGAACCAGGUCGAUCUGUGACCGACCCGACUAGUGCGAAGCGCGUCAACGCACCGUUCGAGGUUCGCUUAUGGUAAUCAUGUUUUAAAUUAGAUUCAAUCGCCCGUCGCAACCAGUGUGGGCAAAAAGGGUAAACGUAGAACAACCACAGGAAGUCCUCGAUUUAGGUCUCUUACCUUUUCGCCAGUGAAAUGGAUUGCGAUCGUGUAUCGUGGAUACGUUAGUAUUGGGUGAAUUAGUUAUCAAACCGAAUGCAGAUACAAAAAUACGUAAAAUGAGGCAAAGCAAAAGCAA